AUUAUAGCCUUUGCUACGCCUAGGUAUACUACCACCUAAGAUGUGAUACAAAUGGUGAAAUACUUGUCAUAUUAGGUAGCAAUUAUGAAAUAUAAGUCCACAUUAAUUUAUUAGUAACCUCCUUUAACUUACGCAAAUACCCCUGAGUGCUACCCAACUGUUACAACGUAUCUCACUUACCUAACAUAAGGACCGGACUAUUUUUAGCCCCUAUAUCAAAAAGUUCGUCGCAAAUGUUUCGUCCAAUGGUUUGUCCAAAACACCAUCAUCAGCCUUCAAUAUAGGGAACAGGGAACAUAGGUAAGCACUAAUAAUAUCACGCAGUAGCAGUGUAACAUCGUCAAGGCCUAUAUUCCUUUCGCCGAUCCGUUCGAUGCGGGCGUCGCGUCCCCUCGCAAUGGAACUUAUCUAGAGUUAUCGGAAACAAAAACACAAUGUCGUCGUGGGUGUGAGCCCUUGCAAAGUGAGGAGAGAGGAAAUCUACUGGAAAUAACUCGAAUCCGGUUCAUCAUCUUUCCACAAAUUUAACUGUCGAAUCUCCAUCGUCGCGAACCUACCUGGUACCUAACGUCUUGGCAUUGAAAAAAUAAGCCGGGUAGGGCUGAAAUGUCUUACUUCUCGUCCUUUGUCGAGCGCGCAUCACCUUCGGGAAACUUCAACGGAACGCCGCCCGACCACCUGCCUGCCGAAAAUGGCCUGCAUAUAUGGCGCGCUGCGGUCAUCAUGCCGUUCUUCACCUUUGCCUUCGUCGCUUUGAGGUUCUAUACCCGGACCUAUCUGCUAAGGACUAGGAAGUAUACCAUCGACGACUAUAUCGUGAUGCUGAGCAUGCUCGUCUGCAUCGCCCACGCCGUACUCAUGGCUAUCGCAACAUACAACGGCAUGGGCCUGCACGCAUGGCAGUACGACGAGGAGCUCAACUCGCGGUACUAUCUCUGGAUCGGCAUCACGUCCGAGUUCUACGUCCUCGGCCUGAUGGGUUUCAAGAGCGCCCUUCUGCUGCUCUACGUCCAGCUCUUCGGCGUGUACGCGAAGUUCAGGUUGGCGUGCUAUACCACCCUGUUCUUCUGCAUGGGCUAUCUGUUCUGCAACCUGACGACCGAGUUCCUCGGCUGCCACCCUAUCAAGAAGAAGUGGGAACCGGACCUGCCGGGACACUGCAUUAAUAGCAUUGCGACGGCCACGUUCUACGGCGCUUGCAAUAUGGCGAGCGAUCUGGUCAUCGCUAUCUUGCCCCUUACCAUGAUAUGGAAAUUGCAAGUGGCGACGAAGUUGCAAAAAGUCGGUCUCAGCCUUGUCCUGAGUAGCGGGUUUGCUGCCUGGGCAGUGGCUGUCGCUCGUUGGGGCAUUGCCACAUAUGAUUUGGUGGGAACCGAAGAUAGGACGUGGUGGGCCGGCGUCAGCUUCACCCUGAGCAUACUGGAGAUCAACACGGGUCUCAUCUGCGCCUGCGUGGCUACCUUGAGCCCGCUCUGGAAACUAGCAUACGCGCAGGUCAAGGACUGGACCGGCUGGACCGGCCCCUGUAGCAGCAAAGAAGCGACUUGGCCGUCUUUCGUACGGAAACCCCCGUACAGCCACUCCUCCGAAGAAACGAGAAGACCGAGCGGGCCGUAUCCAAACCGUGCCGUCGGCGGACACGGACUCCCUGCCGGCCGAGAGAGUCGCGUGUUGGCGUAUAACGGCUCGACGCUUACUUCUCAUUACGAAGACGAAUAUGGGCUGCUGGACGCUUCGGGCUGGCAUCCCCACGGUAUAAGAGAUGACGGGUCUCAAAGGAGCACGGAGGGUGUAUGAGAUAUGUGUAUUUUGUAUUGGAGUAUUCUCGUUGCUGUGUUUUAUUGUAUUAUGGCGGGCGCAUAUUAUACCCUCGGUAGCAAAUGAAGAAUUGUUUUGAGUUGAAUUAAGUCAUCGCUUCUCCUUGUCUAGCUGUUUUGACAACGACUACUACCGUUCCUCGACAUAUAACACAGACUAGCCCCCCAACCUUACGCAAGUCGUCUCUGUAAGGAGGAACUAGGCAGUCUUUUAUCUCAUUCAUCAUGGGUCAACUAUCUUCAUCACGAUUGAAAAUUGGAGGCUCGCGUAUCUUAUUAUGUUACAUACGAGAGCCGGA